AGUGGCUGGGAAGUGACGGCGGCGAGGACCCGGAUGUGAAGGGGGCAGGGCUCCCGCGCACCCCGCCCUUGGGUCACGUGAGGCGGCGAUCACGUGACGGAGCGAUGGGGACGACGCUGGACGUGCGGGUGAAGCGCGCCGGGAAGGUCUAUCGCGAUGGGGAAAUUCUUUCUGGAGUGGUGGUCAUCACCAGUAAGGACACGGUGCAGCACCAGGGGAUCUCCCUGACCAUGGAGGGCUCAGUGAAUCUGCAGCUCAGUGCCAAAAAUGUGGGUGUGUUUGAGGCCUUCUGCAACACUGCCAAGCCUAUCCAGAUUAUCAGCAGCACCAUUGAGAUGGUGAAACCAGGGAAGCUCCCCAGUGGCAAGACAGAAAUUCCCUUUGAAUUCCCACUGCAAAUGAAGGGCAACAAGGUUCUGUAUGAGACAUACCAUGGAGUCUUUGUCAAUAUCCAGUACACCCUGCGCUGUGACAUGAGACGUUCCCUGCUGGCAAAGGACCUGACCAAGACCUGUGAGUUCAUUGUCCACUCCCUGUCACAGAAAGGGAAGCUGCUGCCGAGCCCUGUGGACUUCACCAUUACUCCUGAAACUCUGCAGAAUGUUAAAGAGAGAGCCUCCCUCCCCAAAUUCCUGAUCAGGGGGCACCUGAACUCCACCAACUGUGUGAUCACGCAGCCGCUGACGGGGGAGCUGCUGGUGGAGAGCGCCGAGGCGGCCGUCAAGAGCAUCGAGCUGCAGCUCGUGCGUGUGGAGACCUGUGGCUGUGCUGAGGGCUAUGCCAGGGAUGCCACAGAGAUCCAGAACAUCCAGAUCGCCGACGGCGACGUCUGCAGGGGCCUCCCCAUCCCCAUCCACAUGGUGUUCCCCAGGCUCUUCACCUGCCCCACCCUGGAAACAACCAACUUCAAAGUGGAGUUUGAAGUGAACAUCGUGGUCCUCCUGCACGACGACCAUCUCAUCACAGAGAACUUCCCCCUGAAGCUCUGCAGGAUGUGAACAUCCCCAGGAGAAGCAGGGAAGGAUUUUCUGGGAAUUCCUCAGAGGGAAAGUGGAACUUUAUCCGUGCCUGACUUCAGCUGGAGCCACCUCACUCCCUUCUUCCCGUGGGCACUUCCUGUGCUUCCACUUCCCUGUUAACCUGGCCAAGACUUUGCCUCUCUGCAUUUCCCAAUCCUGCCUUCCACAACCACGUUUUUCCCAAUUUUUCUCAGGCAGAACCUGAAGGAAUCAUUCUGGAGCUUUCUACA